UUGCUUGUAGCCGUUACACCGGUGACAAAUUUGAAUGUUUCUGCGCUUAGUUGCGAUACAAAAACUACUCCACACCUUCUGUCUUAAAGGUGGUGUUUUUUGUCGACAAAAACUUACGAAAUAAGCCCGUUCAAGAGUUUCCUGUAUACAUUUUAACCUGAAAUGUAGCAGACGUUGCUAGCUUACGCGCUAGCUACGAUAGCUAACGAAUCGAUGGUAAUGUAAAAUCGUGACACAUGAUAUCAGCUCUUUGGGUGAAAGUUCCUUAUAUACUUCUGACAGCUGACAAAUUCAACUGAAAGAACUUGUAAAAGCUGUUCUCAAGCCAUUGCUGCAUCUGACAUCACCAUGUCUGGGAGUCCAGUGGUUAUGCGAUUGGUGGCCUCUGCCUACAGUGUGGCUGAAAAAGCUGGGUCCAUUGUGAGAAAAGUCCUUCACAGUGGAGAGCUCGGUAUUGUUGAAAAGUCAGGAGCUAAUGAUCUACAGACACUGGCAGACAGACUGGCACAGCAGAGCAUUUGUGCGUCACUGUCCAGACACUUCCCCAAAAUCACCAUCAUUGGAGAGGAGGAUCUCCCGGCUGAGGAGAUCAAGGAAGAUCUCAUUGAGAGCGGUCACUCAGAGGAAAUCCUUCAGAAGACGUGUCCUGCAGAAUACAGCAGGCUGAAAGAGGAAGAGCUUGUUGUUUGGGUUGAUCCCCUCGAUGGAACAAAGGAAUAUACUGAAGCAUCAAGGUGUCUCCAUCACCAAACUGAGGCCCAGAUACCACACAAUGGAUUGGACACCUCUCAAGUUCAAAGCACAGCUCUCUGGCUGCUGGAUAAUGUCACAGUGCUCAUUGGUAUUGCAUACGGAGGCAGAGCCAUUGCAGGUGUCAUCAACCAGCCUUUCUACAACUAUCAGCUUGGAGCAGGGGCAAAUUUAGGACGGACCAUGUGGGGGAUGCUGGGAUUGGGCGCCUUUGGAUUUCAGCUGCAUGAAGUCCCAGGAGAUAGACGGAUAGUCACCACUACACGUUCCCAUAGUAACAAGCUGGUGACGGACUGUGUGGACGCAAUGGAGCCCCAUGAAGUUAUAAGAGUGGGUGGUGCAGGAAAUAAGAUAAUCCAGCUUGUUGAAGGAAAAGCUUCUGCUUACGUCUUUGCCAGCCCAGGAUGCAAAAAGUGGGACACCUGUGCUCCUGAAGCCAUUCUGCACGCUGUUGGAGGUAAACUGACUGACAUGCAUGGUAAUGCAUAUCGCUACGAUGCUGAUGUAAAGCACAUGAAUUCUGCCGGUGUUCUUGCUACACUACGUAACCAUGAGUAUUAUGUCAGUAGAGUGCCACAGUCUGUGCUGCAAGCGCUCAAGUCACAGUGAGGUCUGUCUGCAUCAGAAAUCACACUAAUGUCGCCUUAUCAAUCAGAGAUCAUGCAUAGACUGAAUUUAAAAAGAGAUUAAUGCUAAAUCUACAUACAUACAUGCAAAGAAAACAUCUAUGUAAGUAUUUUAUAAAAUACUUUUUGUACUCUUUCAAACAUACAAUAAAUAAAUGUUCACUC